AUGAAGCCGACGACGACGACGAAGACGGUAACGAUGAGGGACUACGCCAGGGCGGUGUCCACAAUCAUCGGCGUUUUAUACAGCGUAUCCCCGAUAGUGCUCGACACUUUCACCAUCACCGCCAACCACCAAACACCACCGUCACCCGUCCCCGUCCCCGUCCCCGUCCUCAGCAGCAGCAGCAAUAACAACACCACUACCACCACCACCGACGACGACGACGAUGACGAUGACAGGGAGGGAUUACGCCGUUGCGAAAAGGAGUGCAAGAAAUUGGGCAAGUCUUAUACACGCAUCGGUUAUCACUUGGAGAUUGCAAAGCUGGUCAAGGACGAAUUCAAGCGGGAGCUGGAGCAGCGAAAGCUUGUUCUGGAAGUAGACAAGCUGGAGUACGACGCCGCCCAGCGGCAGCAGCAGCAACAGCAACAGCCGCCUCCGCCUCCUCCUCCCCCGCCUCCCUCACCUCCCUCGCCUCCCGCGCCUCGUCUCCCCUCACCUGUCACCGCCCCUGCCACUGCGGCCAGCGCCCCUAAUGGCAGGAUUCCAUGGCGUUGCUAG